CCUUCAAUUGCAUCGGUGCCGCGCAUCUCCCCACAGUCGGGAGCGCGACUCCGUCCACCAGCCGUCUGUUUUUUUUCCCCCCUCAGUGCACAACUCCGCUUCCCGACGGUCCACCGUGUAACUAUGGCAGCGCUGAGUAAAAUACCGCACAGCUGCUAUGAGAUUGGACAUACGUGGAACCCUUCUUGUGUCAUGUCAACCCUGGAGAUCACUGCUGGGGCUCUGGAGGUUUCUUUUAAAAUAUAUGCUCCUCUUUACCUGAUAGCAGCCAUCCUGCGGAGGAGGAAGAAGGAGUAUUACCUGAAGAGACUACUCCCUGAGAUCCUUCAGUCCACGUCCUUCCUCACCGCUAAUGGCGGACUAUACAUCGCCUUCUUCUGCAUCCUCAGGAGACUGCUGGGUGGCUUCACCUCCUGGUCAGCUGGGUUCGGUGCAGCUCUACCUGCCUCUUACAUCUCUAUCCUCAUGGAACGCAAGAGCAGGAGAGGCCUGCUGACGAUCUACAUGGCCAACCUGGCGACAGAGACCUUGUUCCGAAUGGCCGUCACACGAGGCAUCGUUAACCCUCUCAAACACGGGGAGGUUCUGCUGUUCUGUAUGACAGCGUCUCUCUACAUGUUCUUCUUCAGGAGUAAAGAUGGACUGAAAGGAUUCUCUUUCUCAGCGCUCAAGUUCAUCGUUGGGAAGGAGGAGAUUCCAACGCACUCCAACCUGUCUGAGCACAGCUUUCCACAACCCCCAGACACAUCCGUCAACACAGAGUCACAGAGGUCAACAGGAAGCCCAGCAUCUGGCAGGAAGUCCCUCAUCACCCUCACCAGGAGACUGCUAGAAUCUAUAUGCAAGCAUGGACCCAGACAUAGAUGCUGUAAACACUACCAGGACAACUGCAUAGCCUACUGCGUCAAGGGCUUCAUCCGUAUGUUCAGUGUGGGCUACCUGAUCCAGUGUUGUCUGAAGGUUCCGUCAGCGUUCCGCCAGGUCUUCACGAAGCCGUCCCGCCUCCCCUCUCUCUUCUACAACAAAGAGAACUUUCAGCUCGGUGCGUUCCUCGGCUCCUUCGUCUCUAUAUACAAGGGGACCAGCUGCUUGCUGCGUUGGGUGCGUAACCUUGAUGACGAGCUCCACGCUCUCAUAGCGGGGUUCCUGGCUGGCAUGUCCAUGUUCUUCUACAAAAGCACAACAAUCUCCAUGUACCUGUUCUCCAAGCUAGUGGAGACCAUUUACUUUAAAGGCAUUGAGACGGGCCACCUCCCUUACUUCUCCCAGGCUGACACCAUUAUCUACGCCAUAUCUACUGCAAUCUGCUUCCAGGCUGCGGUGAUGGAGGUGCAGAAUCUGAGACCCUCCUACUGGAAGUUUCUCCUCAGGCUGACCAAGGGCAGGUUUGCUUUUAUGAACAGGAGAGUGCUGGAUGUGUUUGGGACUCAGGCCUCCAGAGACUUCCAUGGAUUCAUGCCCAACUGGACCCCCAUUACGCCACCCGGUCCCUGACCCCCAUUACGCCACCCUGACCCCCGUUAUGCUACCCCGUCCCUGACCCCCAUUACGCUACCCCGUCCCUGACCCCCAUUACGCUACCCCGUCCCUGACCCCCUUUACGCCACCCCGUCCCUGACCCCCGUUACGCCACCCUGACCCCCGUUACGCCACCCUGACCCCCGUUACGCCACCCUGACCCCCGUUACGCCACCCUGACCCCCGUUACGCCACCCUGACCCCCGUUACGCCACCCUGACCCCCGUUACGCCACCCUGACCCCCGUUACGCCUCCCCGACCCCUGGACAGAACAUCGCUCUGGGUUGACCCCACACUGUUAGAGGUCAGGGGGUCAGCCAGAGUGUGGGGGGAGGGGAGAGUCCUAAAUGGCGCCCUGUUUCCUGUGGAGUGCACUACUUUUGACCAGGGGCCUGCGUAGGAUAGUGCACUACAUAGGGAACACAUUGGCUCUCUCUUAGGACCUAUGUCUGUGUGAGGACACUUCAUAAGGCUGUCUUAAGGCUGUUCAACCUGUUAGAGGGCCGAUGAUAUUGUAUGUAAUGUGGUGAAGGGAGAAGGUUUUGGGAAACUGCCCUCGUCGGUAGAAGUCUGGAUAUCUGAGUUGAUUUAAUAUGAGCAAUAGGGCUUAAACCUAUCCAAUAUGCUAUCAGAUCUGCCCUGGUGAAUAGAGGCUAGGGGAAGGGGGCUAGGGGAAGGGGGCUAGGGAAAGAGGCUAGAGGCUAGGGGCUCGGGGAAGGGGCUCGGGCUUCAUUUGGGUCACUGAGUUAAGGUGGGGAGGGGGAGUUUACUGGACAGUUUUCUAGCUGUUGUCUUGGUGUUCUGUUGUGGAAACCAACCUUCUGGGGUAACACUGGCCGUGUCCCAAAUUUGGCUUGCGUACUACCUACUUUAACGGCAUACUGUGUAUUAAUCAUAAUAUAUAUACUAUUUAGCAGUGAUGUGGUCGAGUCACUAAACGUCAAGUCCGAGUCGAGGCCCAAGUCCCUUUUUCUAUAUCAGGUUAUUUACCCAGUCAGAUAUAGAGGAGUUAUUCACCCAGUCAGAUAUAGAGGAGUUAUUUACCCAGUCAGAUAUAGAGGAGUUAUUCACCCAGUCAGAUAUAGAG